AGACUCAGUCUCGAGUGCGAUAUUGGCGAGUGUGAACGUGUUUACUUGGUCUUCGAUUGCAAAAAACACUAAAAACUGACUUAACGAUGGCAAUUACGCGGUUGAUUCCCUGGUCAAAGCUGAUGUUGUUAUUGUUUGUCUGCCUGUCUCUGGCAUUGAAACUAAAUCAGGCAGCUCGAGUGCCCAGCGAUCAGUUUGUGUUUCCCUCGGAGUCCAAGCCAAAUGCAACGGCCAUUCGAGUGGACGCCAGACUCCGGGAAAUCGAACGUGAAAUGGAGGAGGUGACUAAGGCAACAAAUAUUAGUUUUGUGAUAUCAAAGGAAAAUAAAAAGGGCGCACCCAGAACUACAGGUAGUGAAAAUGAUGGCAAGAUACCAGGAAGUACACCUGUUGAAACCAGAAACGUGACCGGAUCUCCCAGUAAUUCCACUAGAGAGGAGAGCAGUGUUAAAGGUUCAUCAAACACUGCGAAAAGUCGUACCGCUAGCGAAACGAAGAUGAUAACAUUUGGCAAGGAAUCAGAAUCAGAUAAACCCGCUCCCUGGGAUCGAACUGAAGCCACCAUUGUCUCGGAACCUAGUGGUGUGAUUAUUGGUCCAAGGAUUGUCCUCGAAACAUUGAAAAUGUGUCCAGAUGGAACUACUCUUACCGUCAAUGAUCAUUGCCGCAAGAUUGCCUAGCGGGGUGUGUAAAUUCUCAAUAAACAUUUUAAAAAUA